AUGACGCAAGCCAAGAUAACGAUUGAGGGUCAAGCGGCUGAAGGUCAAGCGGCUAAGGGUCAGGCGGCUGAAGGUCAAGCGGCUGAAGGUCAAGCAGAUAAGGACGAAGCACAAGAAAGUGAAGCAGAUACAAUACGCGGCGAAAGCGUAGAAGAAGAAAACUUAAAUUUGCAAGGUGAACAAAUUACUUUGCCUAGCGCAAAUCCUUAUCUUCAGUCUAGCAAAGCUCAAUUGGCUACGGAUGCGCCAGACCCUACUUUUGCUAAGCGCCGCGCUACUACAACUCGACAGCUAUCCGAUUAUAUUGCAAGUCCACAACAAAGAACCGAUUUAUCCCCGUCCCCUUCUCGCCGAAUUUCUCAAGGUCAAGCUACAAACGCAGUCAGAUAUACUCCGGCUAUUCAAUCCGAAAUAAACAAAAGCAUCGUUCCUAACAAUACUAGCAUGAGUACCAAUAGCUUUCACCAAGCGAGUGCAUCAGCUCAGCUUCAAAACGAAGAUCUGUCUUACGACCUAAGUGCUAGAAACAAUUCUUCUGCAGCUGCUGAACCUUCUUCUGCUUCUACUAGCAAUCGCACUAAAAAAGCUUUCGCGCAAAAAGCUCUUAAAAGGUCUCUCACUAUCCCGGGCCCAAUUAUAACUACAAAAACCGCGACGAAGACGAUGCCUUAUAAUGAUACAGAUGAAGAAGAGCAAAGCGAUAAUAAAGAAAACUCAACUAAAACUUCUUCUCGUCAAAAAUCCAAAAAAGGCAAGUAUCUUAAGAAGUCUGCAGUUGUUGCGAAAAAAAGAGGUCUAAGCCAACGAAAGCGCCGUCGCUACAAGCCAAGAACUACUGCGUUAAAAGAGAUCCGACGAUACCAAAAAAGCACCGAGCUUCUUAUCAAAAAGACUCCCUUCCAGCGUCUUGUUCGAGAGAUCACUCACGAUUUUAAACAAGACUUUAAAUUUCAAAGCGGUGCUUUAGAAUGUUUACAAAAAGCUUCAGAAGCAUUCCUCGUAAGAGAGUUUAAAAUGACGAACUUAUAUGCUAUUCACGCUAAACGAGUAACGAUUCAAAACAAAGAUAUGGCGUUAGUUAAGAAAUUGCGGGAAAUCAUGACUAGAAGUUUUGUUUAG